AUGAAUGUGAGUAUUACAGUAAAGGGAAGUUUGUUGUCUAGCUCGAGUAGCGAAAUGGGCAGGUAUCCACAGAAAAGAAGUGGAGCUAGUGCAUUAUAUAAAACCAAAUUAAAAAAAGAAAAUUCAGAUAAGAGGAAAAUAAAAAAUAUAGUAAAAAAAGAAAAUAAGAGUGGAAGUAAAAAACUAACUGAUUCUUCUUCACUCAUGUCUUUUGAAAAAAGAAAUAGCAUAAAACAUUUUAAAGAAAUUAUGAAUAACGAAAGGGAAGAAAUAGCUAAAAAAAAUAAAAUUUCACAAAGAAAUAUUAUUACUAAUAAAUACAAUUUAAAAAAACCCAGUUCGUAUAAAUCAAGUAUUAUAAAUAGACUCGAUUCGAAAAAUACAUUUAAUGACAGUAGCUCGAAGAAUUCUGAAAAAAAGAAAACUUAUGUACACCAAGGUACUGGCAGCAAGUUGGUAAAAAAUAUUACAAAAUUAAAUGAACAGUCAGAAGACAUGAAAAAAAGUCUACAUGGUUUUUCAAAUAAAACUCCAAAUAAAACUCCAAAUAAAACUCCAAAUAAUACUCCAAAUAAUACUCCAAAUAAUACUCCAAAUAUUGCUCCAAAUAUUGCUCCAAAUAUUGCUCCAAAUAUUGCUCCAAAUAAUGCUCCAAAUAAUGCCCCAAAUAUUAUUAAUCUAAGAAAAAAUAAAACAAAUGCUUCACCAGAUUUAAACUCAGCUGCAAAUAAAAAAAAUUACAAGCUAGGAAAAUUCUUAACACAGUCAGAAAAAUUCAUAAAAAAAAAAAAAAACAAAAUAAUCAAAAAUUUUGUUGGCUUAAAAAAAAAUAUGGAUAUAACAAAAGAUGGUAAUAUAGGAAGGUUAGACAAGGAAGGCAGUACGCAAAACGAAGGAGGAAAAAAAAAAAAAAAGAAACAAAGCCAGGAGAAACAGCAACAGCAACAGCAACAACAGAAACAAAAACAGAAACAGAAACAGAAACAACGGGGUGAUAGCAUGCUCUCGCACGAUCAGUACAACGAUGGAGCGACAUCAUCGCCAGAAAAAAAUGAUGAGCUGUCGAAACUGCGAAGGAGUGAAGAAGCAAAGGAGCAAAUGAACAAAAGGGAUAGAACUAAUGAUGAUGAUCAUGAGAACGAAAAGGAGCAAAUGCAAAAAGAACAAAAGCAACGUGAAGAAACAUCUAGCUAUGGUAACCCAUAUACAUUCAGGGGGGAUGUUAAGGAUCCUUAUUUUACAAAAGGGGUGUAUGAAGACUCUAAUGACAUAUUUAAAGGAGAACAACAGUGUUAUAAUGGAAUUAAAAUAACCAAGAGUUUAUUACCAGGUUACAAAAGCGUAACAUUUGAUGGAAUAAAUAAAGAUGAAAAAGAAAAUUGUUUUACCACUUCGACAAAUAAUUUUAAACAAAAUAAAAUGUUUACACCCAACAGCUUUUAUCCUGCAUAUAAUUACAUUCCUCAUCCGAAUAAUAAUAUUAUAAAUAAUGCAUUUUAUUUAAGAAACCAUGUAAUUUUAAACAAUUCUUUAUAUACAUCCUCAGAUACAACACGUGGUAGCAUAUAUCAUCAGUACAACAUUGCUGUUGCAUAUCCUUACGGUGUUCCUUUCAUCAAUCUUAAAAGCGAAAAGAAUAACAAGACCACAUGGAGGUGGCAAGACGAUAACAAAAACGUAGCGAAAGGGUACGAAGGGGUAACAAAUUAA